UAAACCCUUCAUUAAAAAUAAACACUAUAACCUACUACCGCAGCGGUUGGGAUGAGGCGUCUUUGGUAGCGCUUGAGAAGGCGAAUCAAAAGAGGAGAGAGUUGCUGAAGAAAAAACUGUAAAAAGACCCAGAAAAAUUAACAAAGCAAACUCGAUCUAGUUGGAGCAGAAAUUAAUGGCUCCCAAAACAGCAAAGCGGAAACAGAGAAAAGCAAAGUUUGUGUCGUCUCCUGAGACGCUGUCCACUUCAAAAAAGUUGAAGACCUCGAAAGGUGCACAUCCCACUGCCACUGCUACUGACGAGGAAGGUGAAUUAGAUGCUCGCAUUUUAGAGGCCGUUGAAGGCCUUGGAGUAAGCGAUGGCGAAGAAGAAGACCUGGGUUUCUCUCGAAAUUAUUUUAUUGCAAAGGAAGCAAAUGGUUUAGGGAACAAAUCUAGGAAGAAAAUAGCGGAUAUUGAUCUAGUUGAUGAACAGGAACUGAGAGCUGCGCUUUUGGCACUAGUCCCGAAACAUGAAAAAGAACAAGCAGCUUUGGUGGACAGUUAUAAAUCCUUGUACUCAAAAUGGCAUUUUCAAUUGAGGUGUGGAUUUGGACUUCUUAUGUAUGGAUUUGGUUCAAAAAGGAACUUACUUGAAGAUUUUGCUUCUUCAACUCUUACUGAUGGUGGAGUAGUAGUUAUAAAUGGGUACUUGCCAUCAAUCAACAUUAAACAUGUUAUAUCUACUAUAGCAGAAGUCUUAUGGGAUCAGAUGGAGCACACAAAAAAAUCAUCGACAAGAAGCAAGUCCAAUAGCACCCCACCUUUUAGCUCUCAAACUUUAGAGGAAAUUAUUAUAUUUCUUAGUGAAGGAAGUGGCAUCGAGGAUGAUUGUGUUGUUUAUGUGUUGGUGCAUAAUAUUGAUGGCCCGAGUCUUAGAGAAAAUGAAAUACAGCAAUAUCUUGCUACCCUUGCAGCUUGCUCACGAGUGCAUUUUGUGGCAUCUAUUGACCAUGUCAAUGCACCACUUUUAUGGGAUAAGCAAAUGGCAAGAGCGCAAUUUAAUUGGUGGUGGUACCACACCCCUACAUAUGCUUCUUAUAAUGUUGAAGGGACCUUCAUGCCUUUGAUUCUUGCAAGUACAGGAGCUGUGCAGAGUGCACGCACUGCUGCCAUUGUUUUGCAGAGUUUGACUCCUAAUGCCCAGAGCGUCUUUAAAGUACUUGCUGAAUAUCAACUUGAACAUCCUGAGGAACAAGGUUUGCCUGUUCAGCGUUUAUAUACCUUGUGUAGGGAACAAUUUUUGGUUAGCAGUCAAGUGACUCUUAACUCCCAUUUAACUGAGUUUAAAGACCAUGAGCUAGUGCGUACUAGAAGGGGAGCUGAUGGGCAAGACUGCCUCUAUAUCCCCUUUCCAUCAGAGGCACUUACUAAGCUCCUUCAAGAUAUCACUUCAUAGAGCUACAUUGUAAGAAAAGUUGUUCCCAAGGAAUAAUUUGAUUAAGUAUAUAUAUGAUAGUUUAUUUUUGUGAAAGAGAUUUUGAUUUUCUAGUGCUUUGGUAUGCUCUAUUCAAUAGUAGAGAAUUGAUGAAAUGAUAGAAGAUAUUAACAAUUUUCUCUGAGACUUACUGUCUGAAUAAGUAUGUUUAGAGAAAAGAGUUAUGAAGUGUAUGGCACACAAUUGAACUUCAAUCGAUAUAAACCAGGACAAGUUUGCUUGA